AUGGGGGGUAAAAAUAAACAACGAACUAAAGGGAAUGUCCGGCCGUCCAGCAGCGGACGAGCCGCAGAGGUCCUUGCCCGCGAAGGAGGCGUCAUUCCCGGGUUUGUUGGUUUUGACACCACGGUCACUUCUGAGCUCAGUUAUGUCCCAGCUGUCCACGGUGCUGAGGACAUUGACAAUCUAGUGGACGCUGAUUUUCGUCUGGUGCUUCGAAAGCUUUCCAAAAGAGACAGUGUUACAAGAUUAAAGGCAGUGCAGGACUUCGGAGCCAUGUGUCAGGAACGUGAUGCAGAAGAUGUGAAAGGGGUAUUGCCAUAUUGGCCAAGAAUUUACUGCAAAAUAUCAAUGGAUUAUGACCGACGUAUUAGAGAAGCAACUCAAAUUGCCUUUGAGCAGCUGGUUUUGAAAGUCCGACGCAACUUAGCUCCUUUUUUGAAGAGCCUAAUGGGACACUGGAUUCUGUCACAGUGCGACACAUAUUCGCCGGCAGCAUCAGCCGCUUGGCGUGCUUUUCAGGCUGCUUUUUCACCUACGAAACAACCUGAGGCCCUCAGCUUUUGCAAAGAAGAGAUCCUCGGUGUACUUCAAGACAUUUUGUUAAAAGAAACCGCAAGCACUUUAAGUGAUCCACAAACUGCGACAGAGGAAGAAAGGGAAGCUAAAUAUGUACGUAUGCUGACCAGUUCUCUUCUUGGUGUGAAGAGGUUGUUGUCACUAUUACCUCAAGCUGAAAGAACGUCUUUAGAAUCAAAACUAGCAGAUUUUCUUAGUUCUGGGAAAUUCUGGAAGUACAGCAAACACAAAACUCCUCAGGUGCGAGGAGCCUUUUUUGAGUUGGUUUGUGCUCUUUGUGAGUUAACCCCUGCCUUGGCUCAGGCUGAAGCUGCACGGCUCUGUCCUGCUGUUCUCCUGAACAUAGAUGAUGCUGAUCCUUUAGUGCUUGCUCCCGUAUGGGAGGCAGUUCUUCAUGUGCUUUCUUCCAUUCCUGAUUGCUGGACACAUGUAAAUGCAAAGAAGGGCUUCAUGCCUAAAUUGUGGGCUCUUUUAAACGAUGGCGGAAAAGGCUUGGCUAAAGCAUUUCAUCCCAAUCUGAUGCCUCUUCUUAGUAAACUCCCAACACACAUCACUGAUCCACAAAUUGACUUUUUAACCACUUUUUUCACAUCACUUAUUCAUGGCCUAACCAGUGAGCGUGCAGCGUCGAGCCCCUCUGAAAGUGCAGUGAUAGUUACUUCAGUUGUGGAAUGUUUGCGAUACUGUAUUCUACAAAAUGCACAAGAAGAUAUGGACCAGAAAAAACUUGUUACCAUACUUGUAUCGCAACAGCUUCUGCCUUUGCUGCAGACAGCUCUUACAAGUCCAUCUCUUCAGAAUGGCCCUCUUUUUCUUUUAGUCACUGAAAUGCUUGUCUCCUGGGAAAAGCGAGCAGGACUACACAGCACUGUUGAUGUGCACGACAACAGUGAUGUCUUUAAAGAACUUGUGACUGACUUCUGGGAGGGACUGUCCUCGCUUUUUGUGCACUAUGUUGACAGAGAGGAAACCGACCCAAGGGCCUUUGAAGGAAUGGCCCUUUUUUUACAGGUUAUGCGGGACCCUGAAAAAGUGAACAGAAAACAGACACAGAAGAAAUCUGUCAAGAUUUGUUUCACUGGUUCAGAAGAGGAUGAAAAAACUGUUGAGGGAAAUGGUUCUGAGGGACGUGUGAAGACUGGGACAAGUAGUGACAAGUUGUGUGAACCCCUGCAGACACAGUAUUUUGAGGAUGUAGUGUGCCAACUGGCUCAACUCUGCCUGGUACAUGUGAAUGAGAAACACUCUGAAAUACACCUUGUUUUUCUGUCGCGCCUCCUGCGGUCCUUCCACACACCCAGAGUCUUUACUACAUUGAUUGAAUUAGAAAAGCAAGAUGAACAAAAUACUGAGACUAUACACUCGAUGAACACAAAGAACCCAGCCAUGCGUUUCCUUUUGGAGCGAGUGGUGCUGUGGCUGUCCGAGGAGGGUCGCACAGACACUGAGCACCUUGUGGAAAUGGUUUUCAGUUCAUUACAGUGCUGCAGUCAACAGGAGACCACCCGCAUCCUUAACCACAUCACCAUGAUGAAUUUACCGUGGGGUAUUACUGUUCAAUAUAUCCAGAGGGCUUGUGCAAAUCCAGAAACUCUUAAAAAUUGUAAUGAAUGGCUCAAAGGUUCUGUGCUGGGUGAGACUCUGUUAGGGUUGACAGAGGAACUCUGCAAAGUUCAAAGCGUUGCGUCUAACUCAUCUUCACCAAACAGCGACAGUUGGAAGCUGAUAAGCCUGGUCCUAUCGCAGCAUCACAACAAUGUUCCCUUGAUUGGAGAGGUGUACAUGGAGAAGAUUCUUGAGAGGCUGCACAGCACUUUAUCUGAAGCCAAGAACCUUUCCGAUGCUGGCAACAUGGAACCGCUUAUUUCAUUUGUUUGCGACAUGGCUUUGACUUUCUUCUCCUCUGUACAAGAUUGUCUCCUACUCGAAUCAGCUGAAGAACUGCUCUUCACAGUCUUCAAGCUCACUGCCCAAGAUCAAACUCGUACUCAUCUUCCUGACUCUCUUGUAGCUAAACUCAAGAAAGUGUGUGUCGCUGGUGUUCAAUCAUUAGUCCAGUUCUCCACACCAGAGAUCAGAGAAAACGGCUUCCUGCAGAGUGCUGUACUUUGGGUGAAAAACCAAUUGCUCACUGUCAAUUUGGACAUUAAAAGUUUGCAGGUUCUUAUUGUGUCAAUGCAAAGCCUUAUAGAGACAAUCAUUGUAGACGCAAACCAAGACACGGCUCUCCUCAUCCAAAUCUUCAGUCUGUUGUCCCCCAGUGAGAACGAAUGGACAAGAAUACGAAGAGCAUUGCCUCCCCAGUGGGUGAAGUUGCCUUUACUGUCUGGUCACCUCAGAGCUGUUUGUGAGACGCCAUGUUUGGACAUGUGGAAAUCCAGAGCUCUUACCAGAGUACCAGCCCACCUUUGUGCCAGCGCCAUGCUCGGGAAAGUAGCAACACACUUCGAUCAAAGUGAAAAAGGAAACUACUUUUCCUCUCCAAAUCUUAAGCAUGCAGCUGCAGAACUUCUGUACACCCUUCAGUGGUGUAAAGAGGUUGAGUGUAGUCCUUCUGUGGUCGCUGCUUAUCACAGUUUGCUGGUGGACUGGGGGUUGUCAGAAGGACUUCGUGGCAUGAUCCCUGUGAAAGAAAUGCUACAGACUCUCUACUCCAGGGGUAUAGAAGAAGGAGGUCUGUGGUCUUUGGCUUUAAAAAAAUACAUCCAAAGCAAAGAUACGUUAACACAUCAAAGUGCAAUCCUAAAUAAUCUUUACAACCCUGCAGAAUGCUUAUUCCCUAUAUCUGGUGGUAAACUGAGCACUCUCCAAGUCCUUUGCAAAUAUAUGAACAUAGAAGACAGAGAUAGUUUUGUAGCUCUUGCAACCGCCGGAAUCAUCAGCUGGGAGGACAACAAAAUUUCAGAUGUGUCUGGCUGUAUGGCAGUGCUGCUUUGCUGUCUUGAAGCUCAGACAUCUGUAGACGAUGAGAUUGUGCUACAAAUCUUGGACAUUUUAAUGCAGUGGAGAAACUGCAAGGAAGAUUGGUUCCUCUUUCACAAUGAAUUUUCCCAAGUUUCUUCAGAGGAAUUGAACUUGACAGUUGAGAUGAUUCGUUUUCUUUCGUGGGUGGUCGCACACUUUCCAUCUGUUCUUAAAAGCAGCCAGUGGGAUUUCAUACUCUGCACGAUGGUGGCUUGGUUAGAGGCCGUCAGUGAGAACGUGGCUCACCUGUGGAACCCCUGGGUCCAGCUGUUUGUCUGUGAGAAUGCAGCACUUGUAGUUAAACUGAACAAGUUCUUUAUCGCUCCUCCACCGGAUGUUGCAAAGGAACUGCCUAAGGAACUUACAAAUGAAUGGACGGAAUUCUUUGUAGAUGGAAUAUACAGUCUACUGUUGCCUCUGCUCACCAAAAUCACAGAUGCUUUCCCUGACCCAGAGGACCCUGUGUUUCCCCUGCAGGUUUUUCAGUCCAUAGGGAUGGCUCUGACAUUUGUGCCCCUAAAACAGCUCACUGCACACUCUCUCCCUCCUCGAUUCAUUGCUGACCAAAAGACGAACCUUCCUGAAAACCUCCAAACACUUCUUAACACGCUCUGUCCACUGCUGCUGUUCAAAGCACGGUCUUUACAGAUCACCAUCUACUUAGUGUUAGAGAAGGUUAUGCCAACGCUUCCUGAAUGUGAUGGAGAAGGAGACAGCAGCAAAAGUGAUGAUGGCAAAGAUGAGCCCUGCCUGUCUCCUCCAGCAUCUUUAAUGGCCAUCCUUUCGGCCUGUGAGGAGCUAUGUGAGAAUAUCCUCACAGGAGUUCAAUUGGGAGAGUUCGCGGUGGUUCAGCCUCUGAGUGUGGAGUACUCGUGUAUUCUUGGAUAUCUGCUGGCAUGGAAGCUGCUUCUAACGUUCUUCAGAUCUGCUCCUUCUCAUCUGCGAGCGCAUUAUGCCCAGUUUCUAAAACAAAGCUCCUCCUUGAUAAAGCUUCUUCGUCACCUCUUCAAGCUGAUGCCCGAGAGUCCUGUUUACCCAGGGGGAGCGGGGGCUGAGACAAAAGAGGCUAAAACCUUCUUUACAGAGAACCUCUCCCUGACUGUGGAGAAAAGCCAUAGUGCAGAGUGGGAACUCCUCCAUUUGGCCUGCAGUGUGUACUACAGCACAUUACAGGACUUACCUGCUAUGGUGCGACUGUGGUGGAAUAGUCAGGAGAAAAGAGUGAGCGCAGCUGUGGAAAAAUUCACCAUUAAAUAUGUCAGUCCAGUUCUGUCGGCUCAAGAGAUCUCCUCUGUGCAAUCCAGUACUCAGAUGUUUGACAACAUGACUGUUAAAGCCCGCUCGGCUGCGCGGGAGGUGAUUGCUACCUAUUGUGUGGACGAUAUCUGCAUUGAGCUGGUGAUUCAGCUUCCACAAAACUACCCUUUGGGCUCCAUCACUGUGGAGAGUGGGAAGCGUGUGGGUGUUUCUGUGCAGCAGUGGAGGAACUGGAUGCUGCAACUCAGCACUUACCUUACACACCAGAAUGGCAGUAUAAUGGAGGGGCUGGCGCUGUGGAAGAAUAAUGUGGACAAACGGUUUGAAGGAAUAGAGGACUGCAUGAUCUGCUUCUCUGUCAUCCAUGGCUCCAACUACUCCCUGCCUAAGAAGGCCUGCCGCACCUGUAAAAAGAAGUUCCAUUCAGCCUGUCUGUACAAAUGGUUCACAUCAAGUAACAAGUCAACAUGUCCUCUGUGCAGAGAAACCUUCUUUUAA